AUGAAUAAACCUAUAAACUCUCAGGUAUCAAAAGGAUGGGAUUCAACAGCCGAAGUUUUUGCAAAAUAUAUUUCACCAGCUAAUAUCAGUACUGGCUUUUCAACUUUAUUUGCAAUUGAUGCACUCAACGCUACCAUUGAAGAUCCAAAUAAAGAAAUGACUAUCCUCGAUAUUGGUUCGGGUACUGGCGGAUUAUCACUUUAUGGUACUUCCAAAUACAAGAACGCCAGAUUCAUCUCUACAGAUUUCUCACCAAAAAUGAUUCAAAUAUUAGAUACAUUCAUUAAAGAGCUAAACAUACAAACUAUUGAAAGCAAAGUAAUGGAUGGUCAAAACUUGGAACCAAUUAAAGAUUCAUCAAUAGACUAUACAUACUCAAUUUUUGCACUUAUAUUUUUCCCAGAUAUAGUUAAAGGUAUGAAAGAAAUGUAUCGUGUUUUAAAACCAGGUGGUAAAACUGCAAUUGGCUCUUGGUGUUUAGAUUCAUUUUUAAUCAAGGUUUUUCAACAAACUAUGGAUGAACUUUUAGGCAACAACAGCUUUAAACAAGUUGCUCUUUCACUCUCUGAUAAACAAGUAUUUGAAGAUAAAUUAAAAGAAGUUGGUUUCGUUAAUAUAGAAAUUAAAAGAGUGCAACAUCCAAUGGAAAUACAAGAAACAACCGAUUUAAUUAAAAUGUUCUCUGUUAAUCCAGUUUAUUUUGACUGUUUAGAAGCUCUUCCAGAUGAUAAAAAGCCAUUAUUAGAUCAAACCAUCAUCAAUGUAUCCAAUAGAUUACUCGAAGGUCAUAAAAGAAAUCAAAAUGGAAAAUUAGAACUACCAUCAUUUGCCUAUAUUGGUAUUGGUCAAAAAAACUAA